CCAGUUUCAUGCUGUGUGGGACUUCUCAGCUAUCUGCAGUAGACAACAUGUCUUUGGCACUACUUUCUGUCCUCUGGCUCAUCAUUCAAACUCAAGCCAUAAAGCAAACACCUGAAUUAGAGCUCUAUGAAGUAGUUCGUCCUAAAAAACUACACAUUUUACGCAAAAGGGAGAUACAGAACAACCAGACAGAGAAUGGCAAAGAGGAAAGAUAUGAACCUGAACUUCAGUAUCAGAUUACAUUAAAUGGAGAAGAAGUUGUUCUUCACCUGCAAAAAAGCAAACAUCUCCUGCGGCCAGACUACACUGAAACAUAUUACUCACCCACAGGAGAGGAAAUCACUACAAGCCCUCAGAACAUGGAACAUUGCUACUAUAAUGGACACAUACUAAAUGAAAAGGAUUCUGUUGCCAGCAUUAGUACUUGUAAUGGUUUGAGGGGAUACUUCACACAUCAUGACCAAAGAUAUAUGAUAAAGCCUCUGAAAAGCACAGACCAAGAAGAACAUGCUGUCCUCACACAUAACCAAGAGGAGAUAGACCUGGCUAAUCGCACUUGUGGUGUAAGAAGUGUUGGCAGGAAACAAGGCCAUAUUCGAACUUCCAGGUCACUCAAUAGCCCAGAGCAAGAAGACUUUCUUCAGGCUGAGAAGUACAUUGAUCUCUUGUUGGUGCUGGAUAAUGCUUUUUAUAACAUGUAUAAGGGGAACCUGACUUUGAUAAGAAGCUUUGUGUUUGAUGUGAUGAACCUACUCAAUGUGAUUUAUAAUACCAUAGAUGUUCAAGUGGCAUUGGUAGGUAUGGAAAUCUGGUCGGAUGGUGAUAAGAUCAAGGUGGUACCCAACACAGGUGACACCUUUCGCAACUUUCUGAAUUGGCAUCGUUCUAACCUGGGGAAAAUGAGGAUACAUGACCAUGCACAGCUACUCAGUGGAAAUGGCUUCAGCAAUGGACGUGUAGGAAUGGCAGCCUCGAAUUCCUUGUGUUCCCCGGCUUCCAUUGCUGUUAUUGAGGCUAAGAAAAAGAAUAAUGUGGCUCUUGUAGGAGUGAUGUCACAUGAGUUGGGUCAUGUCCUUGGUAUGCCUGAUGUUCCAUAUUAUACCAAGUGUCCCUCAGGGAGUUGUGUGAUGAAUCAAUAUCUGAGUUCAAAAUUCCCGAAGGAUUUCAGUACAACCUGCCGUUCACAUUUUGAGAAAUACAUUUUAUCUCAAAAACCAAAGUGCCUACUGCAAGCGCCAAUUCCUAAAAAUAUAAUAACGAAACCAGUGUGUGGGAACCAACUUCUGGAAUUAGGAGAAGACUGUGAUUGUGGCUCUUCUAAGGAAUGUUCCAAUCCUUGCUGUGAGGCCAUGACCUGUAAAUUAAAAUCUGAAGCUGAUUGUAGAGGAGACACUCUGAACCAUAUCACACAAUGAAUCAAAAAAUCUACUUCAUUGAAAUGCUACUUGCUAGGACAAGAAUCAAGAAAUCUAAACAACCAGGAAUCUUGUACUUAGAUAUAUUUUGCUUUUCACUUGGCAUUAUACUUUUUU